AUAGACGUCGGUUUUGAAAUACAGUGCUCCUAAUAUUGUUCUUUUCCUUUAAAAAUAAAACCAUAUACAUAUAUAAUUAUUGGAUUUUUAAAAAAUGGACUCCUUAAGAAAUAUCGCAGUUCUACUUGGUUUAACUUUUAGUGUUUACGGUGCAGCUUCUAUAGAAACGGGUUAUGGAGCUUGCCAAACGCCAAACGGUAAAUCCGGCGAAUGUAUGCUAAUAAAUAAAUGCACUGAACUAUAUAACAUGGCCGUUAAGCCAAAUUUAGAAGAUAAUGAUAUAAUAUUUUUAAGGCAGAGCAGAUGUGGUUCACUUGGUAAAAAUAUUCUGGUUUGCUGUCAUAAGUCAAUAGGUGGAGGAUCAGAUGAAUGCGAAACUCCGAAUGGCAAAAAAGGACGUUGCAAAUCUAUCUUAGAAUGUAGUUCAUUAUUACCAUUAGUCAAAGACGAUUUAUCGGCAAGUGAGAGAAACUUCUUGACCAAAAGCGUGUGUGGACAAGGCAAUCGCCAGGUAUGCUGCCCCGAUCCUCCGACCAAUAAUCGUGGAGAAUUACCUUUGCCACCGAACUGUGGAAAAAUUCCGUUAACAGGACGGAUUUUUGGUGGAACUGCGACAGAUAUUGAUGAAUUUCCAUGGACAGCUUUACUUAUAUACGCUAAAGGAAACGGUGGCGAAGGUCUUCAUUGCGGUGCUAGUCUGAUUAACGACCGCUACGUUUUAACGGCAGGACAUUGUGUUAGUAAGCGUGUACUCCCUGCACAUUGGCGCCUAACUGGAGUUCGUUUGGGUGAAUGGGACUUAGAAACACAACUCGAUUGCCAAUUUGAUAGCAAGGGCAAUAAACUUUGUUCAAGUCCACAUAUCAAUAUAAAUAUUGAGGAAGAAAUAUGCCAUCCACUGUACGAUGUUAGAACCCAAACAUAUGAUAUAGCCUUACUUCGUCUUCAAGAAAAAGUCAAUUUCAAUGCUUUCACUAGUCCUAUUUGCUUGCCAAGCUCUUCAACAAGUAAUUAUGAAGGCGUUACUAUGGACAUUGCUGGUUGGGGUGCAACAGAAACAUCCAAUAGUAGUCAAAAGAAAUUAAAAGCGUUGGUGAGAGGUGAAAAUCUGGAAAGGUGUAAAGCAAAAUACCGUCGUUACACUAGAAUCGAGUUAGGCAACAGUCAAAUGUGUGCGGGCGGUGAGAAAAGUAUUGACACGUGUCGCGGUGACUCUGGUGGACCUCUAAUGUUUGCUCAAUCUGUUAAUGGAAGGGAAGCAUACUUUUUGGUGGGUGUAGUUUCAUUUGGUCCCACACCGUGUGGACAAGAAGGUUUCCCCGGUGUUUACACCCGUGUAGAUGCUUUCGUUAGUUGGAUACAAAGCACUAUUAGAAAGUAAAACUUUUUAUUGUUUUUAUGUUAUUACUUAACCUCUUAAUAUGUCUCUGAAAAUUAACAAAAAUAUAUGUAUAUCUUUCAGAUUAAUAAACAUUGACAGUAAUUUUAUAUUUCA